UUAAUUAAGUAUAUCAAAUUGUGAAGUAAAAAUAGUGUUAACGAUGUAUAAAUAUUAUGGUGUAGUAUUUUUAUAGCUUUUAUGAAACGAAAUAAUAUAAUUCCUUUUGUCAAUUUUGUUGACUAGAUAAAAUAUUGCACUCAUUUUCAUGCUGUAAAAAGAUCAGUAUAAGUGUUUACUAUGAUAUUUGGUGAAAUCUACAAUUAUGUUCGUUUAUUUUCAACUCAACAUAUUGUACCAAAAGUGUGUAUUGUUGGUGCUGGGCCAGCAGGAUUUUAUGCUGCACAACAGUUAUUAAAGACAAACGCUAAUGUAAAAGUGGAUAUAUUAGAGAAGUUACCAGUACCAUAUGGUCUAGUACGUUUUGGUGUAGCACCAGAUCAUCCAGAAGUGAAGAAUGUUAUUCAUACUUUUGAGAAAACUGCAUCUAACCCACGUUUUCAAUUUAUAGGAAAUGUCAAUGUAGGAAAAGAUGUUACUAUAAAGGAAUUGCAAGAAAUUUAUCAUGCAGUUUUAUUAACAUAUGGUGCAGAAGAGGAUAAAUUAUUGAAUAUACCUGGAGAAAAUUUAAAUAAUAUAGUAUCAGGACGACGAUUUGUUGGUUGGUAUAAUGGAGUACCAGCAGAUAGUAACCUAAAUAUUAAUUUAAAUGUAGAAGAAGCUGUUGUGUUGGGACAAGGUAAUGUUGCUAUAGAUAUUGCAAGAAUUUUGCUAACACCAGUAGAUAAAUUAAAGAAUACUGAUAUAACAUCAUUUGCAUUGGAAAAAUUAUCACAAAGUAAAAUACGUAAAGUAUCAUUAAUAGGAAGAAGAGGUCCAUUACAAGCGGCGUUUACAAUUGCAGAACUCAGGGAAAUAUUAAAAUUAGACGGCUGUAGAAGUUAUUGGCGUGCAGAUGAUUUUAUAAAUGUAAAACAAGUAAUUAACACUUUAGCAAGACCACGGAAAAGAUUAACUGAACUCAUGAUAGAAUAUUUAGAAAAAACAUCCUUAAAUACAGGAACAAUGACAAAAGAAUUAUAUCCAAUAUUUUUAAGAAGUCCCAUAGAAUUUUUAGGUUCGGAUAGUAUACAUAGUAUUAAACUAUCAAUAAAUAAACUUGAAGGUAAUGACAUACAUGCACAAUUUGCUGUACCUACUGGAUUAUUCGAAGAAAUUGAAUGUGGUAUAGCAUUUCGUAGCAUUGGUUAUAAGUCUGUUCAAAUAGAUACAUCAAUACCAUUUGACACAGAAAUUGGUCGUAUUAAAAAUAUAGCAGGUAAAGUUCAAGAUAAACUUUAUACUGCAGGUUGGGCUGGAACAGGUCCUGUAGGAGUUAUAUUAUCAACAAUGACAAAUGCAUUUCAAAUUGGUAUAUUAAUGAAUAAAGAAUUAUCAAUUACAGAAAAUAAACCAGGUUUUAUAGGUUUAUCUAAAAUACUGGAGCAAAAAGGAAUACCCAUAGUUUUAUAUAAUGAUUGGAAAAAGAUUGAUAAAGUAGAAUGUGAAAGGGGAAAAACAUUAGGGAAGCCAAGGGAAAAGAUAGUUGAUAUAAAUGAAAUGUUGGAGAUCGCCUUAAGAUAAUAAAUGCAAAAUUUUUUAACUUUUGAGAGCUCAAAUGAAAGUUAUUAACAGAAAGUUAAUAACAGAAAUGGGUACGGAGAUUGCUGAUAAGCAUUGGAGAAAUUCAGUCAAAUUUUGUACGUUUCACAAAUUACUGCUUUUGGCGGUUAAAAUGCCGAACUAUACGCACAUUUCUUCUUCCAUUGUUUUGAAAGAAAAAACAAAAUAUACAUUCGUUCAUAGUGCUGGUACCUGAGCAUAGAGUGUAUAGAGGUACCCAAAAGCAGACAGUAUGGGAUUGGAUAGUAAAAAGAAUAACUAACAAGAUUUUUAAAUGACUUUAAAGUAUUCUGAUUUAUUGAAACUCUAGCGGUGAAGUGAUGGAACUAAUCUCUUUAUGAUGAAAUUAAAAAAUGUAAUCACGGUUUACAACGCGAAUUCUGAGCUGUUCAGGAUCUAAUUAAAGCUUUAACUCUGAGAAAUCUUAGUCAAUAGCGCUAAUAGCAAGCAAAAAUUUUAACUGAUAAAAGUGGUAGAUGGCAUCACAAUGCUCUUCCUGUUUUUUAUUUAAAAUUUUAUAAACAGUAAUUUAAAAAAAUAUAUAUUUAUUUUAUGCUAUAUUCAACACAAAAACCACAUUAAUUAUCCUGUGUCGUGUCGUUUUUUGCAAAGGAGGAAUAAAAACUAUUACUUCAAAUUCGAAAAUUCUGUACUGGAAGACACUUUGUUACGUUGAUGACAAGUUUAAAAACUUCGUAUUAAGUAAUAAGUUACAAUAUUAAUAAAAAAUUAUUAAUAAAAAGCAAAAUCUGUGUUGCCGUAAUACAUAUCUAUGCAUAGAGUUCUAAAUGGGGAAUAGAUUAACCUAUACUAUAAAAAUAAUAAAUUUAAGAAAACUCGCAAUAUAAAAUAUUUGAUUAUUGUUAUGUAGUUUAAUAUUAUCAAAUAUAAUCACAAAAUGAAUUUACGAGAACCAAAAAAAAAACGACGUGUAAAAUU